AUGCCUCCUCCUGCUCCGUGGGCCGAACAAGUCGCCGCCCGCGGUGUCCUUGCACGAUACAAGGGCAAUCCCUCCUACGGCAAUUCCAUCGUCAAACCCCUCGUGAAUUGCUAUGAAGCGAAUCUCGCCAAUGACAAGGAGCUGAUCAAGCUGAUUGACAUCAUUGAGCAGUCUGAUCACCCCGCGCCAGGCUAUCCAAGCCUUCCAAUCCCCCAUACUUGGUACCAAGUCAGCCAAUUCUUCUUCGAAAUCAGGGCCAAUCCCGUCGCCAACCGCCACCCUAUCUUCGCUUCCUUGGUUCAGGCACUUGAAGAAAGUGUCAGAGCCGAGCUGGAGGCACGCCGCGAAUACCAGACGACCCAGCAGAGCCUGGAGACUAUACUAUCCAGACAAGGCCAGUUCCUCAAGACACUGCGCAAGGAUAUCGCGGAACUUCAAGCUUAUGCAAGGGCCCACGACGCCUGCAUGAAAGCCAAAGCAAUGGCGCCCAAAUACCCCAGGAACGAGGCCGACGAUCCUCGCGUCAUGACCGACCCCGCCAAGGAGGACAAGUCAAAGUGGAAGUCACGCACCGCCUUCGUCACCACCGGCGCCACGGCCAGCUUCAGAGCUCUUCUCGAAGAGGUCAUUACCCCCGAGUUCCUCAUGAUGCUGCAGGCCCUCGGCUACACCGACCUCGUCGUGCAGUGUGGCGGCGACCGCGACUACUUUGUGGAUCUUGUCAAGAAGCUGGGCUACGCAACGUACGGAAUCAAGAUCCGCUCGUUCGGCUUCACCUCCGAUAUCAAGACGUAUAUGCGCCAGGCUGCUCGCGGUGACUCCGACGCGAGAGGAAUGCGCGGCAUGGGAGUCAUCAUCACCCAUGCUGGUGGGUCUAUCCCUGGUCGUGCUGGUAGUAUCAUGGACGCCCUACACUUCGACACCAAGGUCAUUGCGGUCGCCAACCCCACGCUCAUGGACAACCAUCAGGAGGAAAUUGCCGAGGAGAUGCAACGCAAGGGAUACUGUAUUCACGCCAGGCUUGGCUGCGUCGCUACGGCUCUCAAGUACGUCGAUGGUCACUCCCCCAAGAACUGGCCUCCGCAGCCUCCCGCCGACUCUGCCUACCAGGACGGGCUCUGGGGCGCCAUCUCGGACAACAUGCCCCAAGGAGGCCAGGCGCAGCAGCCGGGUCCCCGACAGGGUCUCCAGCAGAUGCCUGAGGAGCGGGAGGAAGAUGAUGAGUCCAUGCAGAAGAAGAACCCUGAGCUGUCUGGUCUCCACGCCGAGUAG